CCUGGGUGCAGGUGAGGAGGGCUCCCUCCUCUCUGGCUGCAGAAAGCCGGUAGUUCGAGAUAUGGUUCGGAACCAGGCGUCCCUAGGGGAGGGAAUGGCUGGGGCCGAGUACCCGAUAGAACCGAUCCCGAAUCAGGCCCAGGAGCCGGAGAAGCUGAGCUCCCCGGAGCAGCAGGUCGCCGGGGAACAGCAGCCGCCUGUGGAGCAGCCGGAGCCCCCGGAGAAGCCUGUUGAGAAUGCCCAGGGGCCCAAGGAACAGGCGGCUACGGGGAGCCCGGCUCGUACCAGGGAUCCCCCGGGAGAGAAGACGGUCUCCCUGCGCCCCACCUUCCUCCGGGUGCCACAGCCAAGCUUGGGCUACGGCUCCUUCCGCUGUCGGGGAUCUGCGAGCUCUGAGCAGCUCCAGGGCCGCGGGGAUCGGGAGGGGACCCUGGCUCUGGUCCCCGUGCCGGCCCCGGCAGAAGCACAGCCUCGGGAGGGCGAGACGGGCACCCCGGGCGCCGCGCGGGAGCCGGGCGAGGCGGGGGCGGGGGCGGGGGCGGGGGCCUGGGCGCCCAUGGAGCUGCAGGUGGACGUGCGAGUGAAGCCCGUGGGAGCGGGGGUUUCGGGGCUCUCUCCGUCGCCCGUGCCCACCACGCGCUUCUUCUCGGUGCCCGUGCCGGACUCCCCCGCCUUCUCGCGCCACUCCUCCUUCUCCCGCUCCGGGGUGCCCCGGACGCCUUCCCCUGGGAGCACAUGGGGGGGAAGCCCGCACCCCCUUGCCGGCUGGGCCGAUCGGUACCGGGAGCAGGAGGGGCGCGCCAGCCCGGGACCCGGGCGGGCCGGGGAAUCUCCGUCGGGGCUUCCCCGAUGUAGGUGCCGGGAGCUGGGGCUGGAGGACAAGGAGUGGGAGAAGCUGCUGCCCGGGUGCGGGGCCGACGGAGACAAGCUGCACCAAGCGAUCUCACGCAUAGGCCUGCCAGCAUACAUGAAAUCCCUUCGAUGGGCCCUGGCUGUCCUGGCUGUAUUGCUGGCCGUGGCUGUGGUCACCAUUGUGGCCCUGGCCUCUCGAGUAGGAGUAAAGUGCCGACCUUGUCCAGAAGGCUGGAUAUGGUCAGAAGAACACUGUUACUACUACUCCUUGGAGGUUCAGAGCUGGGAAGACAGCAAGGCUUUCUGCUCAACCCACCAGGCAUCUCUCCCAGUUUUGAGCCAAACACAGGACUUCCUAAGCAGAUACCAGAUCCACAGGUUAUAUUGGGUGGGUCUCCAUCGAGGCCCUGAAGGGUGGCACUGGAUCAAUGGGGCUCCAUUGCCCCCCCAGCUGCUCCCAGAGGAAGAAAAUGACAACCUUGAGAACCAGAACUGUGGGGGUCUGGAGGAAGGGAAGCUCAAAGCUUUAGAAUGUGCCUCCUCUCGACCCUGGAUCUGUGUCAGGGGGGCCAAGUGAUCUGCUCCCGCUUCAAGUCCAAAUCCACAAGAAGUAGGCCAGGAAGGCAUUACGGUCAGAUGGUGUGCUGAUUGUGCUAUGGUCGUGCAGUAUAAAUAUUUCCAUGAAACCUCGGCCUGGGGCCCAGAGACAACCCCUAAAAAACACAAAUUAUUCAGAGAAAACUCAGGUAGUAGAGCUCCAUCUUCAGCCAAGAGGACCC